GUUGCAUAUCGGAUCAUGUUUUGAGGCUUUGAUUUGAGUCUAAUUGGUGAAGUAAUUUUUUUAUCGUUUUUUUUAUUUGAUUUUUUGUUGAGAUUUUAGAUAAUUCGUAUUUUUUUUGACUAGUUCGUUGUGUAUUGAGUGUGUGUUGUUGCAUUGGAUCGAUGUGUUUGAUUAAUCAUAAAAAAACAGAUUAAGUUUUUGAGUUCAUGAGUUUGACUUUGGAUUAAGGAGGAGCAGUGUGGUAGUCGCAGUAGUAUGGUUCAGAGUAUGAGGAUUAAAUCAUCUAGAUUUGGUGUUAGUUUUUGAUUGCUUAAAUAGUUUAAAAGAAGAUGGUUCAUAUUUGAAAAAAAUAAUUUAAUCACAAACUUUUAUAGUGACAAAAAAAGAGAAAUGCUUGAGAAAGCAGUAUGAUAAAAAAUUGUUUGAUACCAAUUAGUAAUAGUGUGUCAAACAAGUUGGGGCGGGUAGCUAUAAAAUCUAUUUGUCGUUAUUUCUCAAGAAAAAAAUCAGUAUGUCGUUGUUUGUUUUGAUAAGUGCUGUGGUUUUCUUCUGCUCUGGGAUUCUGUUCAUCUGUAGUUGAUGUAGUAGGUCUUUAAUUGAAUUUUUGAUAGUGUGGAGUUAAAAUCGUCAAUUCAAAGUAGCAAGUCUUUAUAGAGUAUGGAUUGUUGUGUGUUGAAUAGAAUGUUUUUGGCAUGAAAAUUAGUUUCAAGUUUCUUGUGAACAAAAGUGUCGAACGGGUGACUUGAUUGUGCUGCUGGAUAUAUAUUUCUGUUAAUUAUGGCAUUUGCACUCUGCUGAAGCCUACAAUGAGCGAACAGGGGGAUAAGAUUUGUCCUCUUUGUGCGGAGGAGAUGGAUUUGACAGAUCAGCAGUUGAAGCCUUGCAAGUGCGGCUACGAGAUAUGUGUCUGGUGCUGGCAUCACAUUAUGGAUAUGGCUGAGAAGGAGAAUACAGAAGGGAGGUGUCCAGCAUGUCGCACUCCUUAUAACAAGGAAAAGAUUGUUGGCAUGGAAGCAAAAUGUGACAAGGUAGUGGCUGAGAUGAGCACUGAGAAAAGGUUGUCUUCUCGCAAGGGAAAAAGUAAAACAGCCGAUUCUAGGAAGCAACUUAGCAGUGUUCGAGUCGUUCAAAAAAAUCUUGUUUACAUUGUGGGGUUGCCUCUCAGUCUAGCUGAUGAAGAUCAGCUUCUACAGAGGAAAGAGUAUUUUUCUCAGUAUGGGAAGGUUAUGAAGGUGUCUAUAUCUCGUACAGCUGCUGGCACUAUUCAACAUUUUGCAAAUGAUACUUGUAGUGUAUAUAUAACCUAUUCAAGGGAGGAGGAAGCAAUUCUGUGUAUUCAAUCUGUACAUGGGUUUGUUUUGGAUGGUAGACCUCUAAGGGCUUGCUUUGGAACCACAAAAUACUGUCAUGCUUGGUUGAGAAAUGUGCCCUGUACCAAUCUUGAUUGUUUAUACUUGCACGAGAUUGGGUCGCAAGAGGAUAGCUUUAGUAAAGACGAAAUCAUUUCAGCUUACACAAGAGUUCAACAAAUUGCUGGUGCCAUUAAUAGUAUGCAACGACGAUCAGGGAGUGUGUUACCACCGCCAAGAGAGGAGUUCUGCAGUAACAACUCUGCGUCUGCAAACAAACCUAUUAGUAAAAAUGCUGCAACUAAUUCAGCACCCAGUGUUAGAGGCUCCAGCUCCCCACCAAAUAGUAGCUCUGGUAGAUCUGCGGCUCUUCCUGCUGGAGCUUUAUGGGGAACACGUGCAUCAAAUAAUCAACACCCACCUGCCAGUGUACCAUGUUCUAAUGGACCUCUUAAUAAGAAGCCUCUGACGUGUAACCCAACGGUAUUUUCUACAGCUGUUGAAAGCACAAGUCAGGUUUCGUUACUGCCUGCCUAUGCAGGAAAGAAAGUAGUUCAUACUGAAGAAAGUGGAACUACUCAAGAGAAAGGGAAAAUAGAGGCUUUAGAACCUGUUAAGCAGCAUGUAGGAGCAGAUCCUCGAACCUAUACUUCUGAGAACCUUACUAUUCUGGUACCUCUUGCUUCUUCAUCUAUGAACAGUCAGCUACAUAGUGCCCCGUCCAUGUCUUUGAAGGACGAAGAAAAACAAAUGAUACAAACCAGUAGUACAAAUGCCUUUGAUAUUUCUGUAAAGUCUAAUGGACCUGGUUUUACCAAAGAUUCCAAUGAUAUCACAGAUAUUAAGAUCCAGAAUGUAUGCCUUGAUAUGUCGUCAUUGAGCAUUGGUAGACAUAAGAAAUCACAGGGCAAUUGCAUUGAUCAAAAUAAGGAGUCCUCGCCAUCUGAAUUGACCGAGGAAUAUGCGACUUCUGCAGAUGAGAUUUGUAUCACAAGAGAGAAGUCUGACCUAAGAUUGGAUGCACAGAGCAAAGUAACACAAGUUACUACUAUUGAAAUUGAGAAUGAUUUGCUAACCUUAAAUGAGCAGAGACAUAGGUAUCCCGAAGUAAUUAUUGAAAAAGUCAAUUCACCCAAUCUUUCCCUUUCUUUACACUCCCCAGCUCAGCCUAGUGGGUAUACCUCUCAGCUGACUAAUGAUGGUGGACGUAUUGGGGCCAAUAUGCAGUUAGACAGGAGAACUGAUUCAGUAUCACAGCCUUCUCGUGAAUCAUCGACUAAUGGGUACCCGGAGAAUGUAUCAAAUUGUGUGGCUGAUUUGCAUACUAUUGAUAGAAGUUAUUAUCCGUUGCCUGACGAGGGUAAGAGGAUGCAUGUGGGAAAGUUUCAAGGUGAAGCUCAUAGCGAGAACAGUAGUACUAAUGUAGAUAUUGGAGAGAGCAGUAUAAUAUCUAAUAUUUUGUCCCUGGAUUUUGAUCCUUGGAAUGAGUCAUUAACUUCUCCUCAGAACCUUGCCAAGUUGUUAGGAGAAACUGAUGACCAACAAGGGUCUGUUAGAGUGUCAAACUCAAGAAAAUUAACCAGUAACCAAUCGAGAUUCUCUUUUGCAAGAGAAGAACCAACCACCAAUGCAUCAGCUGAUUAUCAACCAUCUCUAAAUUACAUUGAGCAAAAUUUUAAUCAUUAUCAUCAUGGUCAUGAUUUUCCUAAUAGAAGAAAUUAUCAACUGGAUAAUAUUGGUACUCGUAAUGGUUUUUCCAUGGCCAAUAAUGAGGAAACAGUUGGUUUUGGCAACAGCUUUUCUCAUCUCUCUUCUAAUAAGCUAUCAGUGGCCAGACCUCAGAUGUCAGCACCUCCAGGGUUCUCAGCACCAAACAGAGCACCACCCCCGGGUUUUACUUCUCAUUAUGAGAGAAUGGAACAGAAUUUUGACUCUUUCCAUGCGAGUCACUUGCGUGAUACCUCCUCAUUGCACAAUAUACACCAGGCUCCACAAGUUGGACAUGUGACUAAUGGAGACAUUGAGUUUAUGGAUCCUGCUAUUCUGGCAGUUGGUAAAGGGUUUCCUAAUGGCCUUCAUCUCUCAAGCUUGGACAUGUCUUCAAGUUGUCCUCCACAAUCAAAUACUUUUCAAAAUGAGGGAACGCUUCAAUUACUGAUGCAAAGAUCUCUAACUGCACAUCAGAACCAGAGUUUUGCUGAUACGAGGGACAUGUUUUCUCCAUUUGGUGAUGCUUAUGGAAUUUCUUCCAGGGGUGUGGAGCAAACUCUGACCAACAAUCAACCCCCAUUUGAUGGAAUUUCUUCCAGGGUUCUGGAGCAAACUCUGGCUAACAAUCAACCCCUAUUUGAUGGGAUUUCUUCCAGGGUUCUGGAGCAAACUCUGGCCAACCAUCAAUCUCCAUUUUUACAGCUCAGUCUUCCCCAGAGUAGGAACUCUGUCAUGUCAAAUGGCCACUGGGACAGCUGGAAUGGGGUUCAGAGUGGAAACAGUUUGGGUGUAGCAGAACUCCUCCGAACAGAAAAUUUGGGCUUUAACAAGUUCUUUACAGGAUAUGAGGAAUCAAAGAUUCAUAUGUCCAAUUCUGGCAAUUUGUAUAAUAGAACAUUCGGGUUGUAAUUUUGGAUCAGUGGUUCUUUUGAGCUGAUUAGCUAUUAAAGAAUCAAUGAACCAGAAUGAUCAUGUGACUUGAACUGAUUUGAUCUUAUGAUGUUCAAAUGACUAAGAAGACAUGAGGAAAAACAACAGUCUUGCUCUCUUGGUUCACGCUGUCUGCAUGAUGUUGGCUUUCAGAUUGGUGAAGGAACAACCCUCCUAAAAUAGGGUAUCCAGAAACCAACAGUUGAAAGCUGAGGUUGAGGCUCAACAUGGUUGUUUAGACACAGCUUCAUGCUUGGCUGAAUCGGCAGGUGAUUCUCCUGUCAAGUGUUCUUGGAUGUGGGUGGAGAGUUUUGUCAUAUUUGCACAUUAGAAAAAGAUUAUUGAACACAGCUCAUUUUUGUCAAGCGAGGAAUAAUGCUGUAGCUUGUUUGCGGGAUUUUGCAAGUAAAAUUGGAAGAAGUUCAUGUUCCAACUAUGAGGUGGAUAAGAUUACUACUGCAUUGACCAGAUAAAUGUUUCAUUCUUAGUUGAAGAUGGGGAGAGCUAUGUUUAUUCUUCCCAAUAACUUUUGUAAAAAGAAACCAAGGCAUUUUGUUAGAACUUGUUACAAUUGAUCUGUAUUUUAGGUUUUUAUAAUGUUUCCUGUGAGUUCCCCAAGCUGAAGGAUGUCUAGGAGUUUGAUUUUGGCCUUCUUUAUAGAGACUAAAGGAGUAAUGCA